GGCCUAUAGCCUAUUACUUGGUACCUACAGUCAUGAUCAAUUACGCAAGUCAACAACAUGCUUUUGCUGACAUAAGCCGAAUUAAACCCGUUAACUCCACCAUCACUCUAGUUGCUUGGCUUGCUCUUUCUCGCCGUCCAGCAUCGACUUCGUCGAAACCUCGACAUUACGCUCUUUCCGACUCAGCUGAAACAUAUUGACUACCAAACUCUUUUCGACGACACCCAUUUGACAACUAGAAACUAUGUUACAACCCUCUUCUUUUCUCCUCAUCUUGUUUUCGUUCUCUGCCUUCGUGUUCGCCGCUCCUAUUAGUAAGCGCGGACAGACGUACAGUGGACAAGCUACGUAUUAUGCUGCUGGCUUGGGUGCAUGCGGCAUUCGGAACACGGGUAAUGAUUUCAUCGUGGCCUUAAAUACUGGCCAAUGGGACGGCCGCUCCCAUUGUUUCAAGAUGAUUACCAUCUCACAUGGAGGGCGGACACAUCAAGCUCAGAUAACUGACGAGUGUCCCACAUGUGGAUAUGGUGCAUUAGAUCUCAGUGAAAGUUUAUUCUCAAGCUUUGAGGACACUAGUGCGGGCGUGUUUCAGAUGACAUGGUGGUAUAACGACAAUCCCCCAAAUAACAAUCCUUCGCCAACCCCUUCUCCGAAGCCCCACACUACAAGUAAAGCACCUGCACCAACACCCACCACUACGACGACACGAACGCCCACUCCCACUCCUACCACCACUUCAACGAGCUCCAGACAGAGGUCCACCAGUACCACUGCAUCGAGCACAGGAUCGCGGUCCAGGAGUAUUCAUACAUCCACAACUCCAACCAGCACCUCUAGCUCAACUUCAGCACCAGCACCCACCCCUUCGAAUGAAACAGACGGCAACAUUCAGGCAGUUUAUAACGUUCUCCUUUCACUCGGCAAGUUGGUUGGGGUUGCCGCUGGUCAAGCAUAAAAUCUUACGUAUAAGAGCUGGGACGAGCGGUGUCUCUCUUAGUGAACUAUACACCUUUCUUUUACUCAAUUGGCUUUACAUCAUGGAUCAAAGACCAAUGUCCUGUCCUUACUCUACAUCUUCAUACCCAUACUGAGUGUUCUGCGUCAUAUCUAUUGGUCCUCCGGGGUUACUAUCGUCUUAUUCUCGCCUAGCAGCACUUAUCGUUGAACGAUAGCCUCCUUUCCUAAUGAAAUUAUUUAUAUUGGAUCAUUCCCUGCGCGGACAUCAAACGCACACAAGGGUGCAACAAAUCCCCUUCCUACUAUGUUGCGGAACUGCCCUUUCUCGAGUAGAUCCCUUUCAGCCGACUGAUAGCCACCUGUGCGAUCGUAAAGCUUGAUAUAAACCUCAUCACAAUAAUAGAACA